GUGCAGCUGUCAGGAAACAGAUGGGUACUGUACACGUGUGUUUUCAAAAUCUUUUCUUUUUUGUCUUCAAGCCUCUGUGGAAGUUACUUGUUGACAUGUGGCUCCAGUGUCACGUUCAUCCGCUCAGAGUUUCCUGCCGGCCAGCCCUGACGUGUGGAGAAUGAAGUACUGAGGACUCCAGGCACUCACUUGUCCAUUUAACUUUGCUGAGUGCUUGCCUCACAUGGCGCCCUCUCUCUGGAAGCUGAGUUAGUUGGAAUGGUCAUAGGAGCCUACGUUUCAAGGGAAGGGAGGAAUGGGGGGAGUAGGAGUCAGAGCACGAGGGCCUGCGGAUCCUGCACCAAGGAGUGACAGAAUCAAACAGUUUUACACAAAUCCCAAAGGCCCUUUCCCGGAAAGGAUAAGCCCCACGUAACAGUGAAGCAGAUCCUUGGGAACACAAUCCGCUUGUGAAUGGAUGUGGGCCAUUCCUCCCUCCUGUCCUGCUGACAGGACCCCAGGACGCUGUUGUCCUGCAUCGAUUUCAGAUACAUCACUGACGUCCUGACCGAGGAGGAAGCCUUUGGUGAGUCGCACUUAAGUGGUGGAACUGGAAGCUUUCUGGUACGUGCUGAUGGGUAAACGUAGCAGCAUGCUUUGUUGUCCAAAAGAGUGACGGUGCUUUUUAUUUUUUCCAGAAAUACUGCAGAAAGGUCAAGUUGGUAAAAAAGAAAGAGAAGAGCAAAUGCUGGUGCAGGGCUACCCCGCCUACACCACGUCGUGCGCCUGGCUCGGCUACUCAGACGACACGCUGAAGCAGCUCUGCACCGAGGCACUGAAGGACGGCUGGACCAGGUUUAAGGUAAAAGUUGGUGCUGAUCUCCAGGAUGACAUCCGCAGAUGCCGACUCAUCAGAAACACGAUUGGGCCCGAGAAGACGUUGAUGAUGGAUGCCAACCAGCGCUGGGAUGUGCCCGAGGCUGUGGAGUGGAUGUCAAAGCUGGCUGAAUUCAAGCCGCUGUGGAUUGAGGAGCCAACCUCCCCUGAUGACAUUUUGGGACACGCCGCCAUCUCCAAGGCGUUGGUCCCAUUAGGAAUUGGCGUUGCCACUGGAGAACAGUGCCAUAAUAGAGUGAUAUUUAAGCAACUCCUACAGGCGAAAGCCCUGCAGUUUCUCCAGAUUGACAGCUGCAGGCUGGGAAGUGUCAAUGAAAACCUCUCAGUGUUGCUGAUGGCCAAAAAGUUUGAAAUUCCUGUUUGCCCCCAUGCGGGCGGAGUUGGCCUCUGUGAAUUGGUGCAGCACCUGAUUAUAUUUGACUUCAUAUCAGUCUCUGCAAGCCUUACAAACAGGAUGUGUGAGUAUGUCGACCACCUGCACGAACAUUUCAAGUAUCCUGUGGUAAUCGAGAAGGCUUCCUACAUGCCUCCUAAGGAUGCUGGUUAUUCAACAGAAAUGAAGGAAGACUCCGUAAAGAAACACCAAUAUCCAGAUGGGGAAGUCUGGAAGAAACUCCUUGCUGCGCGAGGGAAUUAAAUGUUCAGCCCUAACACCUUUUUCUUUUUUAAGUAAAAAGGCCUAAGAUUUCUUGGGUAUGGUUUUCCAAAAAUAGGAAAAAGAAAAAUCAUCCUACCAAUCAAAACAAGUUCAGCUGAAAGUCCUAUUAACCUCAGGCAUCAGCUCAGUAAUUAUUACUUGAUUCUUUUAGCAAAUGACCACAUAUUCUUUGACGUAAUCCUUAAACAAAUUCAAAUUUAACUAACUCAAAGUCCAGGAAGAUGUUCUUACAAAAUUUCUAUCAAGGGUUGAUGCCCAGACAUUAAACUGUACUUUGAAAAUAAGCA